UCCCCGACUCCCUGGUUGGCGUUUGAGUGCAGCUCAGCUGUUGUGUGGUGUAGUACCUUGCGUGAAGGUGUUCGCCGUCCAUUCGGAAUUUGGAGCUCGUGGCAUGCUCGCGAAAGAUCUCUCCACCGCGCUCAGUGAACGUUCAGUGCCUAUCAUGGAAAGCAAUAGGAGCUGUCUCCGUAGAGCACGCGACGAGGCCGAAUUCUCAAACCAGAGCAUCUUUUCCUCCAUGGAAAAGUUUGUGAAUGCUGUUCAGGAUAUGGACGAGACUAUAUUGGUUCCAUGCCGUCUUAUGGAUUUGAAAGUAGGAGAUGCCACAGACUCCGUUCCAUCUCCACCUGAGCCCAAGAUCCAAUUCAAGCCUGGCAUGAAAGCUACACGUCGAGUUGAGGGCUUCAGAGACACCAUGGCAUCAGCUGACUUGUACAAUCUGUACACUUUGGUGAACACAGUGAAGAAUGAGCUUCAGUGGGGAAUGAGGGAACACUGUCCUGUUGAUGAAGGAAUUGACAGCCCGACUAUCACUCCAGUGUCUUCUACUACUCACAUCAAAGGUCACCAAAGGAGACCUUCAAAUGUUUCUGUGUCAUCCACCAACUCCUCAUCAAUCAGUGACGCAGACUCUGACACUGGAAAUGAAAAUGACUCUGGAUUUGAUGGGGAGGCUUCUCCUAAACCAGAGUGUACCCAGCAGGUUGCCCAGAACUUCCGGCGGCACCUUCAUGGACUUUAUCGCUCUCUAGAACAAAUGACAGAAGCAGCAACGUACCUAACUGCAAGAUAUCAGAAGGAUGUCGGUGAUGCUGUUUGACGAACAGUUUUCAUCUCUUAUCUUGAUUGCCAUUUGCAUCAAGCCCUUGUGAUAUUCAUAACUGUUAUUGUCAGUUUUCAACCUGUCUUUAUCUCAUGUUUUAUCAUUUGUUGGCAAUGUCGGUUUCUGGGAGCAGAUUGAACAACCAGAAGGGAGGUGUUUAGAACAACAAUUUAGGAAGUAAGUGCGUGUAUGUGAGAUCUGCAUGUGUGAAUUUUUAAGCAUUUUUUACUUGUGAGCUUGCGAUCUUUGUGCUUUUACCAUGGUACUUGUUUUCAUGUGCUCAAAUACCUCUAUGGCUUAAGUAAUCAUGUUGAAGUACUUAGUUACCUUCAAGGAAUGUGGUUAGUAUAAAAGCUGCCCUGCAGGUCGGAAGUGCAGCUUUUAUUUGAGUUCCUGUUGAAGCUUUCUUCCAUAAUUAAAUUGUUUCUAUUCCAUAUUGCAAAGAGAAAAAAAAACAACACUUUUUCUAAUUGUCAUGAAGUUCCAAUUUAGAUACUGUUUUUACAAUGAGUUUUGUCAUGUACGUACUAUAAGCAUAUUUUUGUAAGAGCUGCUCAAUUUCUAUGAUUUGAGUGUCAGUAUGUGUAGAAAAGAAUAUUUCAUUGUUGGCACAUAGUUACCAUCCUUGAAAGUAUGUCCGCACCUCAACAAAAAUUUCUUCAUGUUAACUUGGUCAAUCGACUUCUGGCUGACUUUUGGUCUUUAUUCUAGAGGAGUGUGUCAUAGGCUUCCAUUAUGUACAUCACCAACUGUUGACGUGAGAUGGUCUCAUGAAUAUUCUUGUAUUCAUGCUUGUAUCAAAAAUAUUUAUCCUGAGCUG